UGAGUGAGCAACUGAGUAAGUGGAGAGGAGAGGUCAGCGCCUUUCUCUGGGAUUUCGGCUGCCCUUAGCUCGGCAACUCCAGCGGAGGACGCACCAGGGCUGUGGCCGGGCGGAAGUGACGGCCGUUUCACCUGCUGGGCUGCGAGGGGACCAGAGGAGGGCGGCGCGAGGCAACGAGUGUCCGUUGGGAAUUCGCUCGAGAGUCGCUCCUUUUCCUCUGGCCGCCGGCGACUCUUCUCUCUCUCUCUCUCUCUCCCCGCCAUGGCAUCGCUGCUGCCGCUCUUGUGGGCUGUAACGUUUCUCUGUGCAGAUCUAACUGAAGGUAUAACAAUAACAACAGAACAGAAAUCGAUCACAAAAGCUCAAGGAGAUAAAGUUACACUGCUGUGCACAUAUACUCUCACUCCACCAGAUGAAGACACAGUUGAAAUUGAAUGGAGUCUUUUGCCACCAAAAGGGGAAGAGCCAGUUAUUAUAUAUAAUGUAGGCAAAGUUUAUGAUACCUAUCGUAUGGUGGGACGAGUACAGUUUGCUAAGCAAAAUCCAGCAUCUGGAAAUGCAAGCAUUGAUAUCUUAAAUUUAAAAACAGAAGAUGAUGGCUUAUACCAAUGUAAAGUGAAGAAACUUCCUAGUGUUCAAACUCACAGAGUCCGUUUGAUAGUACUUGAAAAACCGAUGAAAACUAAAUGCCACGUUGAGGGAUCACAGGUGAUUGGAAGUGAUCUUACUUUGAAAUGUAAAUCCCAAGAAGGUUCUCCCACCAUACUUUACUCCUGGAAAAAAACAACUGGCUCACAAGAACUUCCAGCAACAGCAUUACCAGAUGACAAUACAGGUGACUUAUUUGUGAAAAAUGCCUCUCAGACUUAUUCUGGUACUUACACAUGUUUGGCUUACAAUAAGGUCGGCAGAGAUGGAUGUUCUGUCAUACUGACUAUUACACCCCCUAUAGAUAGAGCUGGUACUAUUGCUGGAGCAGUUAUAGGGACUCUUCUGGCACUCGGCUUAGUGGCUUUUUUCAUUUUCUGUUACUAUAAGAAACGAAGAGACACAAAAUAUGAAAAAGAAGUACAUCAUGAUAUCAGAGAGGAUGUCCCUCCUCCAAAGAGUCGUGCCUCAACAGCCCGCAGCUAUAUAGGGAGUAAUCGAUCAUCUUUGGGCUCAAUGUCUCCGUCUAAUAUGGAUGGUUUUACCAAAACUCAAUACAAUAAAGUGCCGAGUGAAGACUUUGAACGUACUCCCUCUCAGAAUCAGUACUUUGAUCCACCAAAGGUAGCUGCACCUAAUCUAAGUAGAAUGGGAGCUAUUCCUGUGAUGAUACCAGCACAAAGCAAAGAUGGUUCCAUAGUAUAACGUGACAUUAAUUUGAAGUUUCACCAGUUCAUUACCACAUUGAUGAUUAGUUUGUUCCAGUUCUACACAUUUAAAUACGCUCUUGAGCAUCAAGAUAUGUGCUUAGCUCACAAGAUUUUUAUUAAGUUUGACUGCUUGCAUUGAAAGAAGUUGACAGUAAAAAAUGUUAUCCUCAUUUGUAGGGUUUCCUAAAUAUUGAAAUAUGAAUUUUUGAUCUAUUAGAUAUAGUAGAUUGUAUGAUAUGAAGUAUUUUGUAUUUGUUUAUAUGACAACUGUUACAAUGAUAGUUUUUCUGUUCACAGAUCUGAAAAUAGGGACUUGAUUUUUGUAAUAUUGAUUUUGGAGUAUUUUUCUCAAAAGCUUUAAAUAUUUAAAAUGCAUUGUUAGUUAUGGUAAUGCAAAGUUUUUUUGUAUUUACCAAUUUAUGUUCUCACCCACACUUGUUCUCCCUUUUUCUUGUUCUUGCUCUCUCCAGUCUUACAGGGUAUUGCGUGUUCUAUGUCAUACAUGUCAAACUCACAAUGUCAUGUGACAUUGCGUAACGUAUUGGGACAGUUUUGCCAUUGCCAGCAAUGGGGUGGGUGCGGCUCCUGGAUGAUGCAUCCGGCCCACGGGCUGGCAGUUUGACACCACUAUUCUAUGUGGACAAACUUCUCCUUUCUAGAUAUGUAAUAUUGAAUGAAUUUAGUCAGCAUACUAACUACAUAUCUGAUAGUGAAAUUAAACCUGAAUUCAAUCAUUAAUGACAUUUUACAAGCUGUACUUGCCAUUUUGAAAUUCCCUGCUUUUUAUAAAGAUUUGUGCAAAUAGCUUUUCUAUAUGGGAGCAGAAUACUUACGUUUACUUUAUAAAAUAUACUGGAACAAUUACAUUUUUGUAGUAAAAUUCUCUGUAAACCCAAGAGCUGGUAAGGGCAUCUCCACUAUAUUAAUAUCCUCAGUGUUAUUGUUUAGUACUUUUUUAUUAAUUCAUCCUAUUUAUAUUUCUCUACUGUUUUAAUACCAAUAAAAAACUGGAGUACCAAAAUGUGACUAUCAUCUUAUGCUGAUAGUUUAUAUGUAUUAUGUGAUAGGUUAUAAAUUCUUAUUAGGAAAUUGCUCCCAAUGAAUUAGAAAGUUUGCUUCUCUUUCUUUUUACCAUUCAAUCAUGUCCAAUUCUUGGAGACUGCCUGAACAAGCCCCUGCAGUUUUCUUGACAAGGUUUUUUAGAAAGCCAUUGCUUCCUUCCCAGGGCUGAGAGAAAGCGACUAGCCCAAGAUCACCAGCUGGCUUUAUGCUUUAUGGUCUACCUUAAUGCUUAAGGUAGAACUAGAACUCACUUCUCUCAGUUUCUAGCCUGAUGCCUUAACCACUUCACCAGAUUGGCUCUCAUGCUUUUCAUACAUAUGAAUAAUUUCAAAAAUUUACUGCAAGAGAAGUUUAAAUAUUUACAUUUGAUAAUUUUUUUGAAUUAGUGGUUCUCGUAUACAUGAAUAAUUGAAAAAAUUAAGAUAUCAAGAAUAAAUGUUUAAACUUCUCUUGCAGUAACCUCUUGUCUUAACAACCACAGUUGGGAUCAGAAUUUCAGUUGCUAAGUGACGCAGCCAUAAAACGAUAUGUCACGUGAUAUCACUUAGUAACCGAAAUCUCAGCAAUCCUGAAUUAUGGGUUGUUAAGCAGACACUGUCUCAUUUACCACAGAGAAUAGGAGGCCUGGUGCAGGCUGCAUGUAAGUUGGGAACAGCUCCAGUGUGGUACAAAUGUGCUGGAAUCCUCAACUUCCCCAUCCCAGUCCAGUAGCUUGACACAAUGGGGCUGCAUCUUGAGAAGCCUCAGCUAUCUCACCAGGCCAAGCAAUGCUUUAUGACUGCAGGGCCGUGCAUCUCUCCUCAUCUGCCUAUUUCUUCCUGAUCUGCCCCCUUUUGGCCACCCUGCAAAGCAGCACUGGUAAGCCAUUCCUUCUCCAAAUAGUACAUCCAUUCUUGCAAGACCUGGGGAAGACCAGAAGAUUUUGAAGAGUCACUAGAACGGGAUAAGUGGCUUGGAGAAAGAAUGGCGCACACGAUUUGGAGAAUGAGGUGUCUGAAGCAUCUUAAGAAUGGGACUUUUGCCAUUCUUCAAAUAGUGCGCCCAUCCUCAUGAAACUUGGGGAAGAUUAGAAAGUCCUGGGGCUAAAAUAGAGGCUUGUAGGAGGUGAUAGCUGGCUGAGACUGCUGAAGGUUCUGGGCUUCUACUUCAGUCCCUACCCUGCUACCGAAGGUGCCAUUGUGUAGGAUGAUCAAAAAGUAAUAGAUUGGGGAAAAAUAGAUGAUGGAGGGGGGUUAUUGCCGAGGGCCUGAAUUUUAAUCCAUGAUUGUAGAGUGUUGCAAUGAGCUCAUGGUCUUAAACUCAUCUUUUCAGCACCAUAGUAAUUGAAUGGUCAUAAAACAAGAACUACCUGUAAUAUGUUACUCUUAACUGUAGUAAAAUGUUUCUGUGUUACUAAUAUUUCUACAUGUAGUAAUGCAACACAGUAGAAUGUUUAUAUCUACAUGUUGUAAUGCAACACAGUAGUACAAAUAAUUUUCAUGUUUUUUAAAUAGACCUGAUCUGAUAAUAUGAUAUAUUGAAUCAGAUAAUAAACAAUUUUUGAAGUGCACAGUGUAUUAUUGCUAAGUUUAGAUACUGAAGUGAAGUAUUAGUCUUCAGAUAUCAAGAUCUUUUAGGUUACUUGAUACUGUUAGAUAUGAAAUGUUUAUGUCUGCCUUAAAUGUGCGUUCAAUAAACUUUACAUUUGAUUGUAUAUCAUAUUUCUCCUACAAAAUUUCUGUCUGCACCAUUAAGAAAAGCAGUUUUUGACAAAACACUGCCAUUUCCUUUAUUGUUUAAUAUUUUCUGCCAAAUGCUGGUUAUGUCACUAAAUAAUUUUGUAUUUCAGAAUUUAUGCCUUUACUGUUUUUAUAAUUCCUUUAUGGGGAUCUUACUCAUACAACUUCCACUGCAACAGACUCCUGAAUUAUUGUUAUUAUAACCUCUGCUUCUUGCUUUUUAAAAUAGAAUAGUAAGAUACUAAUAAAAAUCAAAUGUUCAAUAAGAAGGCAGCUUCCCCUUAAAUUUGUAUUGGAUUAAACCUAACUAUAAUGUUUAAAGUUGACUUGCUGAAAUCAGGGGACUAAUUUCAACAAAUCUACUCAGUCUAGUCAAGCUCAUGAAUUUUUGUUUUUUUUAAUUAUGUUUGUACAUUGAUGUUUUUAAAAAGGUGUGACUAUUGUAAUAAAACAAGAAGGAUUUCUUUGCAUAUGUUCCCAUGCUUUCAGAAAAAAAAUCAAAGGAUUUGAAUAUGCAUUAUGAACAUAUGAUUCAAAAUUUUAACACAGUAAAUGGAACACGUAAAGAACGUUUAUGAGGCACCAUUACAAGUUUUGGGUUUUGUAAUGAACCCGCUUAUAUGUAGAUUCUUUUUUCUAAAUUUUUGUUAAAAAUUAUAAGCACUGAAAUUUGUGAUAGGAACUGGUUUUAUUAACUGGUAUGUUUUAUUACUGGUAUGUUUGCAAUAAAGACACAAGUAAAUCA